AUGCACCACGUGACUAACGUGUCCCAUGAUGCAUUACGGCGACCAGUUGCGACUUUCAAAUGUGUGCAGGAAGUUUCGAGCUCACCCGAAAAACAUUUGAAAAGUUGCUUUUUAACAAAUCACCACAGUCGACAACAGUGUUAACAUAUUAGUAAUGAAGCAGCCAUCGCCGCCUACAAAAAACAAAGCUGAGGAAAUCGAUAAGACGACGGCUAUAGCGAUGCUAAAUGUUCCCGAGGAUUCAACAUGUCGUGGUUCCGCCGAAGAAAACACACAGGAGGGACAUUGCAUCAUGACCGCCAGUCCUCAGCAUUGCAAGACAGCUGAGAGUGACUCAGAGAUGUCGAGAAGAGCAAAGGAGGAAGGCUGCAUGAAUGUUGUCUUCCCGGGAACUGUGACUAAGGAAGGCUGCUGCCGUUUUGUCAGCGAGGUCCUCAAAUUUAUUUUAUAUCAAAGACAACAACUGCCCAUGACCUUUGACCAACUGGUGUACUCUCAGAGGAAACAAGAUAAAUCGGAUGAAGCUGUCGUGAGUCAGAAGCAAGUUCAUCAGGCUAAUUUAAACAGGCGAAAGUGUCAAAAGACGCUGCAGGCCGUGGAGGAGGUGCUGCAGCAGCUGGAAGUGCUCUUCUCCAUGAGCCAUGUCCCCCGAGUGCUGCUGCUCAUAGGUGGCUCAGUCAUCCUCCCCAAGGAGAGCUACGAGAUCAACAUGGAGAAUCUGGUAUUGGACGGGGGGGGUCACUGCCUCCGUGUGUCGACGUGCUUAAGACAUCUCUUCCGCUCGCUCUUUGUCGCUGACUUCUUGUCUGACAGCGGCCCCGUGCGUUUAACCACAACCAGAGUCUUAGCGCUGGCCCACAGGGACUGCGGGGUAGGUUGGUUCCACCCUAAACUGCACUUUAAACUGCCAACAUGUGUGAAAAAUCAAAUCAUUGCACUUUCUAGUGAUCCAUGCAGCUGCGGCAACACUAACAUGGACUGUCAGGAGUAUGUUUGGUUUCAAGCACCCACAGCCAUCAAUGGCUUUUGUCUCUAAAAAAAAAAAAAGGGUAUUAUUUGUGCUGCUUUUUAAACUGGAGGAAUUUUAAAUAUUUAAGUAUUGACGUAUUUUUACGUACAGUAUAUAGUUUUAAAUAUUUGUAUGAAUGAUUUCAUGGUCAACUUCAAGUUGCAUCAUGUAUAAAAACUCAUUCUUACUUGAAAUCUGUCUAAUGCUGACUUUUUUGCUAUCAAAACAUUAGGCUGUCAUUAGUAUGCAUCAUUUAUUAAAUUGUUUUUGUCAGUGAAUGGGCUAAAAAAAUACCAGAAAUAGGCUAAUAUCAUUAAUUUUAAAUACUGGCAUAUGUGUGACUAUUCCUCCACGAUCACAGAGGAUUAUCAUCUUCACAUUUCAGUAUUUCUGUCUCUGCAAA